UAUCGGUUCUUUCUCGUGGAGAUAUCGAGUGUGACUCACGAGGAGCAACAUGGCAGCAUCCAAGGCCGAGUACCGUCUCGUCAAGGCGAAGCUGCGGACCGCGUGCACCAAACGUCGCAUUCGGCUGGAGGAGUUCAUGAAGACGUUCGACGUGCACAAAACCAAGAAGAUCACGGCCGACCAGUUCACACGCGCCAUCGACGCCAGCGGCAUCCGGCUAUCCAAGCCAGAAGUCGACCUGUUGAUUGCCAAGUAUCGACUGCCAGACGAUACCCGCAGCGUCGACUACCGGCGGUGCUGCGACCUCAUUGACAAGCCUUGUACGACCAAAAAGGCCGACAAGCUCUUGAAACAACCCCACAACAAAAUGGGAGUAGCUCCUCCUUCGCUGGGACUACAGCCUGUCGACGCUGAAGCCCUGCGCUCUGUCAAGGACAAGUUGGCCACGGCUAUACGCACCAAGGGCAUUGUAUUGAAAGACGUGUUUCACGACUUUGACAAGAACAACUCGGGAGUGGUCACCAAGGCUCGGUUUGUGCGGGACUUGAGCGCGGUGGUUGGCGGCGACUUGUCGCUGCGGGAAGUGGACGCCAUCACCAAAGCGUAUGGCUCCGGGCCAUUGGAUGUCCACUACAAGCAGCUGCAUGCCGACUUGCAGGUGUUCCCGUCGUCUAGUCUAGACAACGACAGCAACAACGACUCGCCACGCCCACGGCGUCGCGUGUCCAAUCAAGGCAGCGGCAACGACGUGGACGCCGUGGAGGCGCCGCUCCGGACCAUUGUUGCCAGAGACCGCAUCCGCAUGAAGAACUUCUUCACCGACUACGACCGCUUGCGCGCUGGCAAGUGCACGGACGGACAGUUCCAGCGCGCGGUGAAAGUGUGUUUUGGCGCGCUCACGGAGAAGGACCUGUCGAUCCUUGUCUCUGCGUAUAGCGUGCCAAGCGAGGACCCCAGCCACGAGCGCAAAGUGGACUAUGUUGCGUUUUGCAAAAGCGUGAGUUCCUUGGUUCAGGACCGAGAUGAUGCCAAUGACGAGCUGCAUGUGGACGUGGCGCCGUUGCCAACCGCGCCGUGCACCCGCGACACGCGCGGCGACCUCACGGACGCGGAAGCCGCUUCCUGGACCGAUAUCAUGACCCGGCUGAGCCACACCGUGGCUACCCGCCGCAUCCUCCUCAAGCCCCUCUUUUGCGACUUUGACCGCGGCAAGACCGAGUGCGUCUCGUGUGAACAGUUUGCCCGGGUCCUCGCCAUGUUCAACAUGUUUUUGACUUCGGCGGACGAAAAGCUAGCGAUUUUAAAGCGCUACGCGAGCACGCGCCUCAAUUCGCUGCCGCCGUCGCAUCUGUCGUUUGACAACAAGGCAUUUGUCAACUUUAAAACGUUCUGCUUGGAUUUAGACGAAUUUCAGCGGCGCGAUGCCGCCGCCAGCACAUCGUCAUGUCCAGUGUCGUCGUCGGCUUCGCCCUUGUCUGGUCAUGUAGCUAAAGUUCAAGUCCAAGUGUCUGAAGCGAAUCUCCAGCGGACGCUGCCCAUGGUGUUGCGGUACCUAAAGCAAAAAGCCAAACGAGACCGCAUCCGCAUCGACGAGUACUUUCGCGACUGCGACAAGCUGCGCAAAGGCAAAAUCACCAGGUCUCAGUUUGCAGCGGGGUUGAAUGCUGCGGGGUUUGUUUUGUCCAACGUGGACGUGGAAAUCUUGGCCAACGAGUUCAAAUAUGCCGUGGAAACCGAGCGAGAUGUGGACGGCGCCGCACUCGUCGCGUGGACGCGCUUUGCCGACGAAAUCGACGCUGUGUUUACCGUCAAGGGGUUGGAACGAGAUCCGACGCGGGACAUUCGCCAUUCCAUCGAAGCCGCGGAACAAACGGACGCCAUCGUGGACACUGUACUGGCCCCGGACGACGAAGCGGCGGUCGUGGCGGCCAUGCAGGGGAUGGCGACGUUCAUCCAGCACCAGCGCUUGGACAUCCGCCCGCCGUUCGAAGACUUUGACCUGUCGAACCAGGGGUUUGUGUCGGCGUCCAAGUUCAACCGUGUGCUAUCGAUCUUCAACCUAUUGCCGGCGAACGCGGCGACGGCACGCCUGCUGACGGUCAAGUUCUCCGAGCGCGGCAACGCCCCACAUUUGGGCGUGAGUUCCACGUGCGAUGUCAACUACCGCGCAUUUCUGUCGGCGUUAGCCAACCUCGCACCAGGGAAAGACGAUGCCACGACUACUGUACUGCCUGGUACGUUUCACGCUCUACCUGAUCGCAUUCGAAUUACUACGACAUGUAGGUGCGAGAGAGUUUCGCCUACGCCAGUCCCAUACCGAAGGGGAUCCAUUGACCGCCGAGGCCUGGCGCCGGCACGCCAAGCCAGCUCACGCCGUCGCGGUGGAGUCGCUGCUCAAGGAUAUUCGAUUGCAAACAGACACAAAACGCAUCCGGCUCAAGCAAUUUUUCACCGAGAGCGAUCGCCUGCGCAGCGGCGACAUCUCCGUCGCCAAGUUCCACACCGCCAUCAGCCGCAGUGGACUUCAUGUGGAUGCAAACGACAUCCUCACGCUCAAUUCGGCCUUCCAGUCCACGACGAAGCCUGACUUGAUCAACUACCGCGCGUUCGUUCUGGCCGUGGAAUCCACCGCACAUGUCGAGGAUUGCCGCGACCAUGUAGUGUUAUCCAAGCCAUCUGAUGCAUUGGAAACGCUUCUUGGACGAAUUCGAACCGCCGUCGACGUGAAGAGGUGAGCAUCGGGCGAGUUACAUUGAGGGGGGGUCGUUAUGCAGCUAUCUUAGACUGCACAUCAAGCCAUUCUUUGAAGACUACGAUCGAAAUUGCCUCAUGCACGUGUCCAAGACCCAAUUUGCAUCCGUGCUGGACAUGAUGCAGUUGGGAUGCACCCCGCAGGAAAUCUCGUUGCUCACAUCGACGUAUUGCGUGCGUCACGGCCGCGAAGACAAUCCCGACGUCAACUACCUGCGGUUCAUCCAAGAUGUCGACCAAGUGUAUUCCCACUUGAAUCAUCCUAUCGGCGUCAAGGCCGCUGUCAAGCCCAUCGUCAAGUAGAUUCGACUCAGUUAGAUCAACUACAUCACAAGUAUACAUGCAUGAACCAUCCAUCAUCACAGGCACAACAUGCGAUACCGGUAUGACGCAUGACCCGUCGACUUCUCCCUUCGCACGUUUGAUUCCUUUCCAUGUGGUGUGCUCCUGGACGACCCCAGAGUUCGGCGCGCUCCACAUCAUGACGGCGGCAUGAGACGUCUGUUUCAC